AUGAGGGAUCCCUUCGUACCUCCUCGACGUGUGAAGGGCAGAAAAGCGGUACUAGCUGACUUCCUCGUUCUCGGCUCAUCAUGUUCCAUCUGCAAUCAAUCAGUGUGUCUCGAUAAGCGUGUACUUUGGCGCGUUGUUCUGCACGACAUGCAUCACUCGAGAACGACGCAGGUUUCCGGAAAUGCUGCUUCAAGUGAGAAAAUGUUGAUUACAAAUGCAUAUUUCUUGGAAUCCUUUUGCAGAUGGUGGCAAAGGCGAAGUCUACUUCAUCUGAUAAAACUAAGUGAGCCCUGA